AUGAAGGAGGAAAGGCUGAAUGCAUUAGCAAUAUUUAGCAUUGAAGCAGAAUUGGUUGAAAAAUUAGAUUUUAAUGAUUACUUAUUAACACAUUUGCCCAUCAAAAAGCAAGAAAAAGAAAAUAACACAGGAGUUUUAGUUAUAAAUAAUAUAAGGCUAGAUGAUAAUGGGAUAUGGCAAUGCGUAAACGAAAAACAAUUAGCUAGAGCAAUAAAUUUAGUAGUUUUAGAAAUUCCAAAAGAACCUUAUUUAUUAAUUGAUGGACACCGUUUAGACCCGGGAAAUUUAUUUGUACCCGUCAAAGAAAACAUGGAUUUAAGUAUAGAGUGUGUGGUUGAAGGUGGAAAUCCAAUGCCAUCCUUACAUUGGUUACUAUUUCCAAGUAAUUCAAACUUAGAAAAUGAAGCCAUGUCUUCAGGAUUACUGCAAUCUAAUGAAUCGUAUCAAGAAAAAGACAUAAGUCGUAGUUCAGCUAAAAUUCAGAGAGUUCUUAGAGCUCAUCACAAUGCUACUGUGGCGUGUAUAGUUACACAUGUUACUCUUGUAAACCCCUUGAACACUACUAUUCUUCUUGAUGUUCAAUAUACUCCCUCUUUUGGAAUCAGUAGAAUUCCUGGAUUUGGAAUUCCUAUUAAAGAAAGUAUUCCAGUAUCUCUUAAAUGCGAUGUUGAUUCAAAUCCACCAUCAUCUCCUGUCUGGCAAAAAGAUGAUGGUGCACCACCUGUUCUCCAAACCGAUGAUGGUUUUUUAAACUUUACGUCAAUACGAAGAAAUCAUAGUGGCUGGUAUAAAUGUACAAGCAGACAUUUGUUAUCCGAGUAUUCUUCAAUUGGUUAUUUUUUAAAUGUUAGAUACAAUUUAAAUGAUCUCGAUACAGUUCGCAAAGAGUUCAUCGAAGAAGACAAUUCUGGAUCCUCUGAAUCUGUCGAGGUCACAGUCGGUGGUGAAGUUCAAUUGGAAUGUCCAUCGGGACCUAGUGCUGCAAUACCCUGUUGGGCUAAAACUGGCAAUGAUAAUGACCUACAGCCAAUAGGGCCAAGCAGUAAUCUUCAUAUAGAUCAAGUAUUAUAUCAAGAGGCUGGUGAAUAUAAAUGUAUUGUCGGCAGUAAAAAUGAAAAUCUAGAAAAACUCAGGGUGUAUACACUUCAUUUAAAUGUUGUCGGUGGUCCAGUGAUAUAUACUGAAAACAGAACUAUUGUUGCACAUGAAGGAAAUGAUACUAGAUUAUCAGCUGAAUUUUGUUCUAAUCCAAUGGUUAACAAAGUUUUUUGGAUAGCGAGUGAUAGAGUAAUUAGACCAGGAACCGUCAUAGGACAGAUUACAGCUCAUAACAUAACUUCAUCAACAUCUUCUUACUGCCAAGUAGCUACUCUCACGAUACAAUCGGUAACACCAGUGCACAGUGGAGAGUACAAUUUGAUCGUCGGUUCCGGUAAAACAUUAGUAGAAGCUACAGUCAUAUUGAGUGUGACAAAGAGUACACGAACCAGAGAACCCGUCCAAACAUCUAGUUCACAUUCAGUUUGCUCAAAAAUGUUUAGUAAUUACUUAAUUAUGUGUUUAGUUACGUCAAUUUUUACGCAUUUAAAACAUAAAUAAUAAAUAAUAAUUUAUUUAUAUGUUAUGCAUUAUAUGAAAAAAAAAAGAACAAAUUGUAUAGAUUCAGUUCUUAUUGUUGUAUAAUUGUUGAUUAAUAAUGCAUGUCACACAGAUAUGCGAAUUAGAAAAUAUUUAUAUAAAUGUAUACUAUUUAAUAAAAAUAUUUUGAAARAAAAAUGUUUAACACCAAGAUAAAUAAAGAUCCGUCUAAU